GUGAUUCUUUGCAACGUCGACUCUGUCUGUGCGAAUUACAAAUUAUAUCGGGGUGCACGUCUAAUCAGGGACCUGACAAUGUCCGACAGAAACUCUGUAAAUGGCGCGACAACACCAAUUUCCUCCAAGCUGAGCAACUUGGCCUUGACCGAGUUCUCCGGUACCCCCACCCCAACAUCGGAGUGGGAUGAAGGCAAGGAACUGGAAUCCCCCCCGCCUUCUUGGGAUAUCCCAGAUGCCUUUCUUCUGCCAAAUGGAUACCCAGACUACCUGCGUUUGAUCCUGACCUCCCGUGUCUACGACGUGACUCACGAGUCUCCCCUCCACCAUGCUGUGAACCUAAGCAAUCGCAUGGAAUGCCGAGUGCUCCUCAAGCGAGAGGACCUGCUCCCUGUGUUCAGUUUUAAGCUUCGCGGGGCCUAUAACAAAAUGGCUCACUUGACCCCCGAGCAGCGGUGGAAAGGUGUUAUUGCAUGCUCCGCAGGAAAUCACGCCCAAGGUGUCGCCUAUUCUGCGCGCAAAUUGAAGAUCCCCGCAACCAUCGUUAUGCCCUCCGGCACCCCUGCUAUCAAACACUUGAACGUCGCCCGCCUCGGUGGUAGCGUGGUUCUCCACGGGAACGAUUUCGAUGCCGCCAAAGAAGAGGCUUACCGACUGGAGAAACAGCAUGGACUAACCAGCAUCCCUCCUUUUGAUGACCCGUAUGUGAUCGCCGGGCAAGGAACCAUUGGAAUGGAAAUUCUGCGACAGGCGAAUCUGGAAAAGCUGGAGGCCGUGUUCUGUGCGGUUGGUGGAGGAGGCCUUAUCUCCGGUAUCGGUGUCUACCUGAAGCGCAUUGCACCACAUGUGAAAGUGGUUGGGGUGGAAACCCAUGAUGCAAACGCGAUGGCCCAGUCCUUGGGUGCGGGCUCUCGCGUCCAGCUGAGUGAAGUCGGUCUUUUUGCGGAUGGCGCAGCGGUCAAGUCCGUCGGCGCGGAAUGCUACCGCGUUGCUCGCGAGGUAGUGGACGAAAUCAUCCAGGUUUCCACCGAUGAGACUUGUGCCGCCAUUAAGGAUGCAUUUGAGGAUACACGGUCUGUCAUUGAGCCUGCGGGGGCUUUGGCUCUUGCGGGUCUCAAGAAGUACGUUGCGAUGUAUCCUAGCCCCGAUACGACCCGUGAACUGGUUGCAGUUACAUCUGGAGCCAACAUGGACUUUGAUCGUCUGCGCUUUGUUGCGGAGCGUGCUGCUCUAGGGGAGCGAAAGGAAGCCCUCCUGAGCGUGAAAAUCCCUGAAAGGCCCGGCGCCUUUGCAAAGCUGGUCGAGGUUGUUCUCCCUCACGCAGUGACUGCAUUCAACUACCGGUAUGCCGACGACCAGUCUGCCGACGUCCUCAUGGGGAUCUCACUCUCUGCAUCGACUGGUCGGGAGGAUCUUGCGAAGACUAUGGCUGAGUUGGAGAAGGAUGGCAUGGCUCCUAGAGAUCUUAGUGAUGAUGAGCUUGCGAAACGACAUGUUCGCUUUUUGGUUGGCGGACGCAGCGACGUGAAGGACGAGCGCUUAUUUAUGUUCGAGUUCCCGGAGCGACCUGGUGCGCUGGCGAAGUUCUUGAGAACGCUACGCCCUAAUCAGAACAUCUCGCUCUUCCACUACCGGAACUACGGUGGAGACGUGGGUAAGGUCCUUGCGGGAAUCCAGUGCCCCGAAUCCGAGAAGGAGGACCUAGAGGCAUUCUUGGAGGACCUUGGGUACCCGUUCAACGAGGAGACCGAGUCCGAGACCUAUAAAACCUUUCUUCGUCGUUGACAAAUUAUAGAAAAGCCUUGUUUUUUUUUUUUUUUUUUUU